UCAUUAUUAAGCAAUUCAGCUUCUGAUUAUAGUUCAGCUGAUGUUUCAUUAGAAAAAUUACAUGCAACUAAUCUUUCGUUACAUUAUGGUGUAGUUAAAGAUUUUUCAUUAAGUAUACUAGAUAUUGAUCUGUUUCUUCGUAUACAUGAUGAAACAUUAACUUCUGAUGAUAAUCAUUCAGCAAAAUGGCUUAAAACAUCUAAAAAAAAGAAGAAAAAAGAUAAAAUGCUAUUACAUCAUACUAAUAAUAAUUUGGAUAGCAGUAGCAAUAACAGUUCAGAGGAUGAACUUCCUGAACAUUAUGAAAAAGAAGCCAGGGUUUAUAAAUUUUUAGCUGAUAUU